UCCUCUGAGCAACAAGGCUCAGGCGCGUGGUGUUCCAUUUGGCAUAGGCUCAUCAAAUCCGCAGCAAAUGUUUCUCCUACUUCGACCGGAAGAGUCCACAGUCCAGUGCCGUUAUCGAAGCUUACAGUGGUAGUAGUGCACUGAACGAUAUAUAUUUGUACGGCGGAAAUGGGGCGUGUCCAUUGACAAGAGAAGAAUGCAUGGCAUAUAGAGGCGGCCUCUACGGUCAAGAUCGAUCUAGCUCCGCGGUAAAAAGUGACCUAAUCAAACACGCUCCCGACGAUAUACUUGCGAACUGGACAACCAAUACCAUCAAGCUUAGUGAUCAGCUGUCGCUGCAAGAGUACGAAUUUGGCAUCUGCGAGGGUACUCACAACCAAUGGAUUGCCCAGGGAGAGAUCGGACUGGGAAUCGAUUCAAGAUUCCUAACUGGUCUUCAGCGAGCGGGAAAGACCUCAUCCAAGUCAUAUUCGUUCUUCUGGGGAUCCGAAUCUACCGUUCGACCGCGUGACGGAUCAAUGACGGUUGGAGGCUUUGACACCAGUCUCUUCGAGAACUCCUCGAGCACUACGAGAGCGUUCACAAGAGAUGUAGUCAAUUGUCGCGAGGCUAUGAUAGUUGAAAUUAGUCAGCUAACACUACGAAGUGAGAGCGGCGUAGUAUCCGAACUUCUUACCGGUUCGGAUAAGAUACGCGCUUGCGUCGUGCCGCAUGUGCGCCACGUCCCUCGUCUACCGAAUGCAGUGGGAGAUGGUAUCAUCUCAAACAUGGGUGGAAGAUUCCUCAAUGCCAGUGGCACAAGCAAUAAGUAUUACUAUCGUAGCACGUUGAUCGAACCAAGCAGCGCCACAUUCAAGGGCAGCUUGUCAGUCACCAUAUAUGAUGAGCUGACAGUCUUGUUCACUCCUGAAGAAUUGCUAUUCGCAGAAUCAUAUGUUGACGAGAGAGGCCUUGUUCACCGCAACAAUACAUGUACCAGCAUUCCCCUUGACAUUCUGCUGACGGGUAUUACCCAAAGAAUGUCACAAAUCGGAGGUGCAGGCAAACUCGACAGCGCCAAGCCUCGUUGGCAUCGAUUAGUGCGAAUAGGUGCCGCGCCCCGGUCGGAGUAGCGACAUCGCCAUCGUCCGAGAGCAUGCAGUGGAUAGCAGUCGGGAUAGCGGGGAUGGUGGUCGGCAUCGUAGCUGCUGUUGCAUUGCUGGC